AUUUAUCAUUUCAUAUCUUACGCAAUAGAAAUAUAAACCAGUCUCUACUCAAUCUUUUUAUGACUAAAAUGUUAGAAUAAAAUGAAAUGUUAUACAGUAUGCCAGUGCCAGACUAGCUCUUUCACCUGACAAACAAACACAUCUAAGCUAACAUUAGCGUUAGCCAAUGUUUGCUAGCGCUGCAGGUACUGUGACGCUGAUAUCGUCACAGCUGCUAACCGGAUUGGUCCGUCUUCAAGCGCGUUGAUUGGUCGCCGGGGACACACUCGUGACGUUGUGCUCGAGCACACCUGAUGCUCAUUUUCAAGUAGGAGGCGGGAGGUGAAAGCCGGUUUAAAAGUUAAGAGGGGAACACUCUACCUUUGCUUGUAACUCCAUUACAGAGCAGGAGGGUCAGGGUCACUCUACUAACACACCCUUCUGCUCGUUAGACCGGGUUUUCUGCCAGGUUUCACCUCUCAAAAUCUCACAAGUAACUCCAUCUGUUUGCAGUCAUGUUUGAGGCCAGAAGUGAUGACUUGUUCCUGCCUUCCUACCAAGAUGAGAUGCUGGUGGACAACCUGCUGUCCAGCGAGGAAUCGGACAUAGAUUGUGGCGGUGAAGGCUUCUCCCUGGCUGAGGCCCUGCUCCCCCUUGUAGAGUCCUCCUCCCCGACCCUCAGCCCCUGGGUCUGCUCCACCCGCUACAAGACCGAGCUCUGCACCAGCUACUCCACCACUGGUGUCUGCAAGUAUUCCGAGCGCUGCCAGUUUGCCCACGGCCUCCACGAGCUCCACGUUCCCUUCCGCCACCCAAAGUACAAGACGGAGUUGUGCCGCGGCUUCCACACGACCGGCUACUGCUACUACGGCAGCCGCUGCCUGUUUGUCCACGACGAUGCCGAGCAGCGCCCUGCCCUGCGCCGCCGCAGGAAUGUCCCCUGUCGCACCUUCUGCUCCUUCGGCGUCUGUCCCUUCGGCACCCGCUGCAACUUCCAACAUGUGGAGGGCGGAGAUGUCGGCAGCGGUUCGGAGUCGCCCGACGUAGGAGAGGAGAUGCCUGUGCCCGUUUCCAGCCCCCUCCUCCAACAUCCGACCAAACAGUGGAAGCCCCGCGGAGCUCUGUGCCGCACCUUCAGCUCCUUCGGGUUCUGCCUUUACGGCACACGCUGCCGCUUCCAGCACGGCCUCCCCAACAAGAUCCGAACAACCGACCAGUUCCAAGGAGGGUUGUCCGGCAGCUCUGGUUUACCUUCCCCCACCUCCCUCUUCACCUCCUCCUCUCCAAUAUCGUCCACCUUUUCUUCUCCUCCGUCGGACUCUCCUCUCGCCACGCCGCCGGCAGAGGUCAGUGCCCACAACGCCUUCACCUUCUCCAGUCAGCACCUCAGUGACCUGCUGCUGCCACUGGCCCUCCACCUGCAGCAGCUGGAGAGCAGCAAGGCCCAGGCGAUCUGGGACAACAGGGCCAUCUAACUGGAUGUGGUCCCAGUUUGAAACCAGCACUGAACACCACAGCUCAAUUAAAUAGAUUGUUUAUUUUUUAAGUCCUCUUGUCGAGGGUAUUUAUUAUAUAUAUUUUUUUUAAGUUGAGGUUGUUUGACUUGAGAGCUUGUGUCAGCAGCUCAAGCAGGACUUGAACUGUUAAAUUGCAGAUUUAGUCUGGUAGUUUUGGAUAUGAAGUCUGUGGAAUCACUACAGUUACUGCUAUUAGUGUAAUUCAAUUUUUUAACUAUUGUAAAUACUUUAUUAAUGAACUGAGUAAAUGAAAUGUCUGACCUCAGAAUCAUGAAUAAACUAAUUUUAAUUUCUAA